AUGGACGGCGAAUCCAGAUCGCAUCUCUUCUACCGACACGUGGCGGUAGGAGAAGUUUCAGCCGUGGUGGCGAGCGCCGUCACGUACCCUCUCGAUGUCGCCAAGACCGUCGCACAGGCGGGUGUCGCACAGGCCAGCGUCGCACACGCGGUUGUCGCACAAACAGGCGCCGUGCAGGGCAGUACGAUCGCGGGGGGAUCAGGCGGAGGAUCUUCUGGUGGAAUGGCGAGAAGCGGAACAGCAGCAGCGUCAAGAGCAGCUGCUAUCAGCGGUCUCAACUGGAGAAGUAGAGCCGCGUUCACGGGGUUUUCACCGCAUCUCGCGGGGCAUCUACCAUCGCUAGCAGCCCGCUACACCACCUACCAUCUCGCCUCCGCGUACCAAAUGGCCGGGGUGACAGAGUCCCUGCUCUCCACGCCUACUUUCUGCUGUUUCUCCCGUACCCAUUCCUAUUCCCCACCUUCGUUUUUCUCCCCUUUCCCCUCCCUUCUGCGUAGUUCAGAUGGUCUGCCCUCUUGGCUUCUCAUCUCCCCACCUCAAGCAGGAGCAGCAGGAGCUAUAGCCGGGGCGACAGAGUCCCUGCUCUCCGCACCUCGUUUAUUCGUCGCUGAUUUUCCUCGUACUCUUUCUUACUCCCCUUUCCCUUCCCCCUCGCCUCCCCCUGAACAACCUAGAUGGUCUGCCGUCUUGGCUGCCUAUCUCCCCGCCUCAAGCAGCAUUAGCAGGCGCCAUAGCCGGGGCGACAGAGUCCCUGCUCUCCACACCAUUCGACCUCCUCAAAACCCGCUUGCUGCUCGCCACUCCCCUGCUGCCACCUCCUCCUCUUCUUUGGGCACACCGUCCCCCAGCCAUACCUCCCCUGGCCACACCUCCCCCAGUCAAUCCUCUACUGUUAAGCAAUCUUCCAUCCCCAGUCACAAAUCCCGAAGCGGUUCCUCUCUUCCCAAGCAGAGGCUGCCCCAUCCACUCACACACAGACCCACCAACUCUCGAACUGACCGUUCUGACCGCCCGCACCGCACAACUCACAAGCGCACCUUCGUUUCCUCCUCCCCUCCCCCUCCUCCCACUCCCCUCUCCUCCACUCAUCCCCUACACCCAAGGUACCUCUCUGCAUCCCUGCACACCCCUCCCAUCCCCCCUCCUUCCACCCCCCUACCGCCCACCACUUUCUCCCUCUCCCUCGCCCGCUACCCCUGGACUCCGGUCCCCUCGCCCUACCUCCCUGCAUCGUCCCCUUGGGAAGCCGCAAGGGCUGGAGUGAGGGCGGAGGGGGCAGCUCAGCUGUGGCGAGGCCUUCGAGCGGGCGUGACUAGAGAUUCGCUCUUUGGAGCGGUGUUCUUUGGAGGGUGGGGGUUGGAAGCUGCGGUGGCAGCGGCAGUGGCUUCAGUUGUGUCACAUCCGUUUGACUGUGCCAAGACUCGCACUCAAGCCACUGUCCUGCCCAAGCACGUGGCAAUGGAGUUAGCGUUGGCGCAGGGCCUGUCGGGCAGCGCGAGCGACCUGGCGCACCUGCUGGAGGUGCUGCGCGGCGCGGAGGACGCGCUCGCGAAGCACGCGCCGCAGCUCGACACGCUGCUCGCGUCGCUCGACCCCGCGCUGCACUCGCUCGCCUUCCUCUUCUUCCUCGAUGCACAUGCAGCGCAGGCACCGGGCCAGUUAUGGGAGCAGGUGGUGGGGACAAUCAUCAACUUCAUCAAAGUGGCGUCUCCAACGCAGAUCGCGCUUGCUCCUGAAAAGUUUGCCUCCCUGUGCCACCGCCUGCGCGAUUUACUCAUCUCCCACUCCCAGUACUCCCGAGGCGUCCUCCCCUUGCGGUGGGCGAUCAGCAAGGUGCAGCAGUGCACCACAGCGGAGCACCUCACCCCGCAACACGCGGACUGCCUGCAGCUGUGCCUGCUCGCCAAGCUCUACCGCCAGGGAGGCGAGCUGCUUCAGAGGGAUAUUCUCGAUAUUGACCCCAAGAAAACGGGGCUAGUGCACCGGGACUUCCUGCUGUACUGCUUCUAUGGAGGCACCAUCUAUGUGGGUCUGAAGCAGUACCAGAAGGCUCUAGACCUCUUCAUGCAUGCCAUCACAUCCCCAGCGCAGGGAGUCAAUGCCAUCACAGUGGCGGCAUACAAGAGACAUGUGCUCGUGUCGCUCAUCCUGAACGCCCAGCUGUCGCCUCUACCCAAGUUCACUCCAGGCAUCGUGCAGAGAGGGCUAAAGGCGUGCUGCCAGGACUACCACGACCUGGCGAACAUCUACGUGUCUCGUGACGCAGCAGAGCUCAAGAAGUUUGUGGACUCGCAUGAGCAAGCCUUCAAGGCGGACAACAAUCUAGGUCUGGCCCAUCAGGUGGUCGCCUCGGUCCCCAAGCGCAGCAUUCAGCGUCUCACUCACACCUACCUCACUCUCUCGCUCUCCGACCUUGCUCAGUCGGUGCACCUCUCCUCGCCUGCCGAGGCUGAGAAAUACCUCCUUUCCAUGAUAGCGGACGGGGAGAUGUUUGCACGGAUAGACCAGCAAGCGGGCAUGGUGAGCUUUGAGGAGGACCCUGAGAAGUACGACUCCCUCGCCAUGGCUGCUGUGGUGGAGGAGCACAUCCAGAGGGCGACUAAGCUGUCCAAGAAGCUGGCGCUGGUGCACGAGCAGAUCUCCUCUGACCGGACGUACCUCACACGGGUGAAUGCACGCGAGCGCAAUGUUCGAUACGGGGAGCAUGAGGACUAUGAGCUUGCACCUCAACGAAUGUUUGAUACCAUAGAGUUAUCAUACCAACCAGGCAAGAUGCUUCCGCGGGGAGCAGCCAUCGUGCCUGUGGCGAUCGUGUCCAUCUGCGCUGUCGCCCUUCUCAUCCUUCAUGGCCAACCUCUCCUCAGUCAUCUCCUGGGUGACAAUGGCCCGAUGAAGAAGCACAUCGACACUGCCAAGGGUCAUCUGGUGGUCGCGAUGGUGUGCGAACAAGUGAUUGACUCAUGUUGCAAUUUGAUAUGGCCAAGAUCGCGCCUGUACAUUCAGAUAUUGGACGAUUCAACCUGCCCCAUUACUCGCAGCAGGGUGGUGAAGAAAGUGGCCGAAAAGGUAGCUCUAGGAAUUCACGUGGAAGAUCGCUGGAGAUCCAAUCGGCAAGGAUAUAAAGCUGGUGCAAUGAUGGAGGCUGAGAAGGCAAUUGGAGAUUACGAAUUCACUGCCAUUUUUGACGCGGACUUCAGCCCAGAGCCUGAAUUCCUCCUUAAGACAAUCCCGUAUCUCAUUAGUGUAGCCAUCCUUUUGCUGCAGGAACGGCUGGAGUAUGGAGGCUCUCUGCAAUCAAGGAUGCAGGCGGUUGGAACAACAGGACGACUGUUGAGGACAUGGAUCUCUCUCUUCGAGCUUACAUUAGAGGCUGGAAGUUCAUAUUCUUGA